AUGUACGUUUUGUGUGACUUUACGUACGGCUACGAGACGGACGACUUCACGUUAGCCAUCAUUAACCUGACCUAUACUGACCCCCACACCGGUGUCCAGCACUCGGAGUACGAGGAAUACGGCAAAUAUACUGUCGGUAGGAUUGGGUCCGUUAGUGGACGGUUAGUAACUAUGCACGUGUCGAGCAAUGGUCGGCAAACGCACGACGCGUGUGAGCCCAUCGACGCCGACAUAAUGCCGUCGGAGCCGUGGAUAGCGUUAGCCCAAUACGGCAAUUGUCGCGAUUCAGUCAAACUCAAACACAUCGCCACCACCAACGCCUCGGCCGCCGUCAUAUACAACAACCGGGCCGGCACGAGGCUCAUCAAAAUGCAUCACAAAGUUAGGCAAUAA